UUUGUUCAAAUCACUUGUAAAACAGAAAAAGCCCUAAGGAAGAGACCUUUCCAUUCAUAAAUGAUGGGGCUGAACAGAGAGCUCAGGUUCAAAAAGGGUGUGUUUGUUUUUCCUCUUGCUUGAAGCAUGAAUGUACACAAUAGCCGUGUGAAAAUUGUUAUUAUUUGUUGAGUUGAAAGCCGUUUGUUGGACAAAUGUUUGUAUCGCACAAGCAGUAAAUGUGUUUGACAUCCUGGGAAUUAAAUUAAUCUCUUCCACUACGAAUGCUGCUUCUCUCCAUUUGAUCUUAUUGGCUGCUUCGACUUGGACUUUUCCAUUUCCUCUCCUGGGUUUUCUGCGCGUCUGAGGAGAGGUCACUUUGGUAAACAGCGCCUUCUGGGUCUGAGCGCACCGUCGAGCUCAGCCACUGCAGCGGCGGUAUUGCAGCGGGGUGGACCACCAGGCUGCUCUUUUCUCAUGGUUCCCACAGCCGCUGAUGAGACCCGGGUUAUUCAGUAGGGGUGUAACAUUAAUGGACUUAAUCGAUUAAUCGAUUUAUAUUCCUACGAACCAACCAGAUUGAUCGUCUGAGCUCUUCAAAAGCCACGUUUCUGGGAAUUCUUCUUCCGUUCAUCUAUGUUAUGCUCUGAAAAUGGGAUCAUAAUAAAGCUCUUGGCGCUUCAGAAAAACCACCAACAUGUUGCCACAUUCGUCAAGAACAGGUGACAGGCAGUUGGAAGUGUUAUCUCUGUGGAGUAGGAGAUGGGCCUCAGUCCUCUCUGUCUGCAUGGCUCUCCUCUGGUUUCCAGGGGCAGCAGGAUCUGCUCUAAACUGCCAUAAAACCUGUAUCUGCGCCUCAAACAUUGUGAGCUGCUCAAAGAUGAAUUUAAGCACCAUCCCCACCAGCCUACCAAACUACACUGUUGUGCUGGAUCUCAGCUACAAUGAGAUCGUGCGACUCCGAUCCGACUGGACUACGGAAAAACUUCCAAAUCUUCACAACCUCCUGCUCAGCCACAAUGGGCUUCAUUUCCUUUCUUCAGAGGCGUUUGUAUAUGUGAAACACCUGCGCUACUUGGACUUGUCGUCCAACAAAUUGCAGCUGUUGGAUGAGUAUGUCUUUGAGCCUCUGGUGAACCUGGAGGUCCUUUUGCUGUAUAAUAACCACAUUUCACAGAUUGAUCGUUUAGCCUUUUCAACCAUGACCCACCUUCAAAAAUUGUACCUUAGCCAGAACCAAAUCUCUCGUUUUCCUGUGGAGCUGAUCAAAGACAAGUUCCACUUGGAGAAACUUAGCCUUCUGGAUGUGUCCUCUAACAAAAUCAAGUUGUUGCCUAUUGACGAUUUCCAGAAACUGCCUGCUUGGAUUAAAAAUGGACUCUACUUCCACAGUAACCCUCUGCUGUGUCACUGUGAUCUCUACACUCUUCUUACCCACUGGCACCUUCGAAAGCUCAACUCUGCUGUAGACUUUAAGGAUGACUACACGUGUGUUCUGCCUGGUCCUCAGAAAACUCAGGUGGGCAUUUUUGAUCUCAGUGGUGAAAGUAUGAAUUGCAGCACAUUCAAGGAGGAGGAUGUAGAAGCUUUCCUGGGGCAAAUACAGACCCUUGGCUGUGACACCAAACACAGGAGCAUGGUGAAAACCUGGACAAUGCCUGAUAAUGUAUUGGUGACACCUGGAAGCAACCAGACGGCAAAAGUUCUGCUAGACGGUGCGUUGCAGAUAGGUCCAUUGAAGGUGGAAGACUCUGGGACCUACACAUGCUUCGCUAUGAGUGAGGUCCUCAAUGAAACUAUCUAUGUGGUGCUGAAGGUUCACAACUUCACCAGCCAAAGUGUUGGGGAGACUUUAAAUACAGCAUACACAACCCUAAUAGGCUGUCUUGCAAGUGUGGUGCUGGUGCUAAUGUACCUCUACCUGACACCAUGUCGCUGUUUCUGUUGCCCCAACAAGGGCAAGACUCGUGGAGAGGACAGCAUCCACUCUUCGAUGCUCAGCGUCACUCCAACCCACGAGGACCCAUCACUCAAAGCCGAGCUGAACAAACACGUUGCUUUUAUAGACUCGAAGGACUUGCAGGGACAGAAUGGCAAGCUAAACCCAAAUGGGGAUGAAGAUGAUAAUCUUGAUGCAGAGGCUGCUUCUCUCAUGAAGGGAAAAAGAAAGAAAUCAGUGGCAGAGUCCAUUAGCUCUGUUUUCUCAGACACUCCCAUGGUGGUUUAAGGCGGAAAAUGGAUUCCACAAGACCGGAUGUUUGUGGUACAAGAUUGAACCAGGAGUGAGUUGGUGUGAAUGGAGACUGCAAGAUUGUGGAAGGAAAACGUGAGGGUAUGUAUUGCUGUUGAUAGGAAAGAGAAGAUAUUUCUGAUGGAAUUAGAAAAAUGAAGGACAAUGAGCAAGACUUUUCCAGCAUUUUAAUUUGUAGCACUUACUUUUCAUACUGUGAAGGAAUAGCAGCGCAAGCAGACUUUGAAAAAAAAAAUCUUAUAAGAAAAUUUAAAAUGUACUUGCAUUAGCACUCAGGAAGGGAUGCAUUAACUUUAAAACUUUGGAGAAUUAAACAUGCAUGGACUAAAAUUAGAUUAUAAGAACUUAAUAUUUUGCUCUUUUGGGAUAUAUAUAAAAAAUAAAAGAUUUUUCUUGAUCAAAAUUUUCUUUAUUUGGAAAUAUGUGAGUAAAUGUCCUUAAUAUCCCAGUAAAUCAUAGACAGUUCCCUUCCUGUAACAAAAAAAAGUCAAAGACAGAUGUUUUAUCAUUUAUAUUCACGAGCUAAUGAAGCAUUACACCAUAAAAUCACAUUAUUAGAAAUCAUAAGUAAAUAAAAGAAAAUUGUAUUGGUCAUUUUUUAUAUCUUGUAUUUAGUUGAUACAGUCAAUUAGAUCAUCUCAAUCUUAGCUUUUAAAGCCCUUUUGAGCAGUUAUUGUAUGACCAUAAAGAGGAAUCUAUCACAUUCUGCACAUUCGUGGUACAAAACUCUUAUAGCUCUGAAAGGAUAUGUUAAAUGUGUGUAUCAAUAGUUUCUUUUUAGUUAGUUUACAUUUACAUUAAAUCUCAAAAGAGGCUUUAGAAGCCUCAAACUCAGAAGAUCUCAAAGUGCAUCUACAUUAGUAGCAGAGAAGUAUUUUAGUUUGACUAAUUAUCAACAUAUUGUCCUAAAUCUGUACACAGACUGAUCCCGUCGACCGUACAAGGACAGAUAGGUAUCUGGAUGUUGUUCCAUGAGGUGUCAGUCUCUGUUAAGCUUGUCCCUUGGCCAAGUUAGACCAUCAGUUCCUGUCUGCCAGAACACCAGGUUGUUAACAAUGACAAAAGACCAGAAGCUUUGAUUAUUUCAUUUCGUCUGUGUGGAAUAUACACACCUUACACAACAUCCUUUGGUGCUUUUGUUUGUUUACUUACUACUAUUUAGGGCAAAUCAGUCUCUACAGAGAUCAUCAAAAAACUUUAAGUUUAUGUGUCUGAUCGUGCUGAAUAAAGACUUUCACAUUAAUGUAGCUGUUUUUUCCCGUCACUUCCUAAGAGUGUGAUGUGCAGUAAAUCCACGGGAAAGCUGUGAGUCUGAACAACACUGACAUCUUGGUUGUUUUUUUAAACUAUUUAUCAAGAGUUUAAAGCAAUUAAUCAUAAAAUUACUGGAAAGUUCUCACAAGAAUGAGGUACCUUUACAUUUUUAAGUUGCUAAAAGGACAUAUCCAGAUAUUUUAUGACAUAAUCUGUGGUUGGAUUACCUUUAUCAUGCAAGAUAACUAGUAUGCCGCGCUUCUUUUAUGAACGCUAUUAAAACUGAAAAUUCUAUCUUUCUGUAAAGAUGAAAGCACGAUUAAAUUAAACUAUGUGAUGCUCGUGUCAAAAUGUAACAAGGCUUGCCUGCUGUAAAUGGUAAUUGCAUCUUUUGAUGGGAAGUAGCCUCCCUCAUGUUUUCAUGUCUGUGAGCCAGAGAGGAUCGAUGUGUUAUCAUGACUCACAGCGACACAAAGGCAUUCUCUCCUCCAUGUGUUCUGACAGCCUCGAUUCAUCCCAGAUGUGUUUGGUGUCUCGGUGUCCAUCUGUCAUUAGGGAGCUGCCCUUUCUCAUGUUCAAAAGCAGUUAUCCAACCAGGCAGCAAAUGCGUUGCCCUUUAAGCAGCCUGCAAUUUGUUUACAAGGUCAAAGCUCGGAGUUUUCGCAGAGCAUUUACAGUCCACCUGAGUCAUGUAGUUGUAAGGUACUGUAUGUUUAAGAAGUCAUUAAUGCCUUUGCAUGUUUUUUUAUUUAAAAAGUUCCUAGUAUAGAGAACGACAGAAUUACUUAAUGAACAUAUUUCCAAACAAAAACUAUUUCCAGGUGUCUAAAUGCAGCACAUUUACACAUCGUUGGUGGAAUUUUCACAGUUGCUGCGUGCACCACUGUGUGGGUGAGAAAGGGAAGUCGCUCUUGUCAGAUAGGUGGUGUUAAUUAUUCCACUCAAGCAAUUAAAAUACCUGAUGGAGGAGACAGACACUCAAAAAAUACACACAUUGAACUCAAGCCGACAGCCCAAGCAUCUGUCAAUAAUAAGAACUUUUAUUUUUUUAUUUUAUUCAAAACUGCAAUAAAUGCACGGUGGCUGCACUGCAUCUCAAGGCACGGACGUCCCAGAAAGACUGUCAAUGUAAGUUGCAUAGUAAAUCAUAAAUAAGAACGUGUUUUAUUUACCAGAACACAAACUGAAUCUAAUGAUUAUUGAUUGUUGGUCCACUCUUGUGUUGUCCUUUAACAUGUUGCAGUUCUGUAUACAGAAGAGCUGUUAAAAUGGUCCUAACAUAGGAGAACAGUGACUUUUCUCUCCAAAGCAAAUCUGCCUUCCUGUACAUCUAUAUAUUCAAUAUAUAUAUUAAUGUAUUAAGACUUUAUCUGUGCUGAGUAUUAAUUAGUUGUGUACUAUGUUCUGCCAGUGAACUGACUGUAUUCUUGUGUAUUCCAUUGUUCAUUUUACAUUUUGUCCACCUCUGUGCUGCCGUUAGCUGUUGCAUCAUUCGAGUCUUAUUAUAAAUGUUUACUCUUACGCAGGAUUUUUGUCAAAGAGAGUUUAUUUUACAUUUGACUGAAUCAGUUUAAAAGAAAAUCUGUUUGAACAUUGUCUCAGAAAUUAAGUGGCUGCAGUACCAUUUGUUAAAUAACUGAGAGUAACAUCCUUAUUGGAGGAGUUUUGUCUGUAGCUACAGUUAUAUACCAGUCAGUGUUUGAGUUUGCUUGUAAAGACAUAACUUAAGAUAUGACAGUGCUUUAGCCGAUCAUCCUGAAGUCAGAUGAUGUGGUGAAACACACAGACGGAAACCAGAGAUGCUCCAAACAAUCUUUCAAACACGAUGCGGUCUCACUUAUGUAAUGGAUGCUGGGUAAUUGUUUUCUCAGGACUACUUCAGUUUCAGUGUAAUACAACCUGGAGCUCCACCUCCAACCAUACAGCUGUGAAGUAGCAAUCAAGACAACUGCCAUGAGGUGGGGAUACUAAAAGCUAGCUGCUUUACAGAGUGUGACCACAAAUGUCCAUAGCACAAGGGGGGUUUGGCUUUACACAGCUCUGGAAGCACUACCUUUAUUGACCACAGCUUCAAAGAUCAGACGGAUGUUUACUGACAUCAAAACUAAAAGUUCCUGUAGCUAAAAGGGAAUGGCUUUGCACGGUACGCUUAAAAACUUCUCUGACCGCAGGAUACUGUAGAAAAAACAGUUGGCAUUCUUGAAAAAAAUGACUGUCAUUUGACAUAAUAAAGGAUAUUGAUACACACUUUACA